AUAUUACGUUAGAAGAUGUACCUGGGAGAAAUGUAUAAAAGAUUUUGCUCCAAUCGUUUCGGCAUCAGUCGCUCAUCAGCUACGAAACCAAAUCAAUUAACCAUGAAAUUGAUCAUUGUCGCCCUUGCCUUCGUGGCCGUCGCCACCGCCGCCGUUGUUCCCGUAGCAAACGAACCAACAAAGAUUCUUCGCAGUGAAUACGAACAUAAGUCCGACGGUGGAUACAUCUUCAACUACGAAAGUGAAGAUGGCUCCUCCCGUUCCGAGGUCGGUGAACCGAAGGAGGUUCUUGACGAGGAAAACAAACCACACCAAGUCGUCGUCGUCCGUGGUUCCUUCUCCUACGUUGACUCAGAGGGCAAGACAGAGACCAUCAACUACUACGCUGAUGAGUCCGGAUUCCACGCUGAGGGAGACUCCGUCCCUAAACCAGUAUCGAGGAAGUAAGCUGACUGAGAAAUCUGCGGUCAUAACCUGCCUACUGCCAUAUUUUGUACAUUUUUACUGUUGAUUUACAUUUGAAUAGGAAUUAUACGUUGAAUUCUCUAAA